AGCCUUAUCAUUCGCUGACCUAUAUACCAAAUUCGUUUCCAAAGCCGCCGAUGUUGAUAACAAGUGGGCCCUACUUCAUCUCUUCAAUAUCAUUUCUCAAGAUCGUAAAACCGCCGUUAAAUCUCAACUCGAUGCUUCCGUUUUUCUUCCGAAUUUAACUAUCUCCGAUAACAACGUUGGUCCACGCCGUAUUGAAAAUAAGGGAUGGAGCGACGGUGUUGUUGUUCUUGCUAAGGAUCCUAAUAAUCGCCGCGACAUUGCGUUUCAUGAGUAUGUGAAAUUGGUUAAGGAAGAAAACGAUGUGACGGAAGAGGCUAUGGUGACUGAUGUGCUUUAUGCUUGUCAAGGAGUUGAUGAGAGCUAUCAUUCCUGUUGAAGAUCAAAAGCCAUUCCUUCAUUCUGCUUAUCAGAAUCACUCCAAGGGCUUUCACAUAGACAUCAACAUGCUUCCCAAGCCAUUAACGUCAAUUGAUGAUUCGUCUUCUGCAAGUGAUGGAUCAAAGGUGCGCGUGGCUUAUCAGGGAGUGCCGGGAGCAUACAGUGAGGAUGCAGCUUUGAAAGCGUAUCCAAAUUGUGAGACUGUGCCAUGUGACGAUUACAAAGCUGCAUUUAAGGCAGUUGAACUGUGGUUGGUUGAUAAAGCGGUUUUACCAAUUGAAAAUUCUGCGGAUGGAAGCAUCCAUCGCAAUUAUGACUUACUUCUUCAACAUAAGUUGAAUAUUGUCGGAGAGGUGCAGCUGCGUGCUAACCACUGUCUCUUAGGAUUGCCCGGUGUGACAAUGGAGGAACUCGUCAGUGUUGUGAGUCAUCCUCAGGCUCUUGCUCAAUGUAGGACGGUGCUGAACGAUUUAGGCGUUGAUAAAGUUCGUGACCAGGAUACUGCCGUUGCUGCUAAGACAGUGGCCAUAAAUUGUGUAAGACACACCGGAGCCAUUGCAAGUUCCCGAGCUGCAGAAAUAUACGGCCUGGACAUUCUUGCUGAAGGAAUUCAGGAUGAUGAUGAAAAUGUUACCCAUUUCUUGGUCCUUGCGAGGGAGCCUAGAAUUCCAGGAACUGACAGGCCCCAUAAGGAUUUAUAA